UCGUUUCUCCUCUCCAGUCUCGUUUUCUUUUUAAUGUUCAAUUCUGAUUCACCUUUCAUUUAUUACCUCUUCUUCCUUCCUUCCUUCCUUCCUUCCUUCCUUCCUUCCUUCCUUCCUUCCUUCCUUCCUUCCUUUUUCCUUCCUUCCUUUCUUUCUUCCUUCCUUCCUUCCUUCCUUCCAUCCAUCGUUCGUUCGUUCAUUCCUUCCUUUUUCUCUUCCUUCCUUUCUUUCUUUCAUCCUUCCUUUUUUCCUUCCUUCCUUCCUUCCUUCCUUCCUUCCUUCCUUCCUUCCUUCCUUCCUUUUCUCUUCCUUCCUUUUUUUUCUCCUUCCUUCCUUCCUUCCUUCCUUUUUUACUUCCUCCCUUCCUUCCUUACUUCCUUCGUUCGUUCGUUCGUUCGUUCGUUCGUUCGUUCGUUCGUUCGUUCCUUCCUUUUUCUCUUCCUUCCUUCCUCCCUUCCUUCCUUCCUAUGUUCGUUCGUUCGUUCGUUCGUUCCUUUCUUUUUCUCUUCCUUCCUUCCUUCCUUUCUUCGUUUCUUCCUUUUUCACUUCCUUCCUCCCUCCCUUCCUUCCUUCUUUCCUUACUUCCUUCCAUCCUAUCUGUAUUCAACGAGUUAUACUUUUCUUAAUGAGACUUCCUUUCACGUUUAUUCUCUCAAUAGGUUCCUUCCUUUUUCUUUUCCUUCCUUCCUUCCUUCCAUGAAGUUUAUGACUUUUCUUCCAAUUUUUCCCUCUUCAAUUACAUAUAGGCGCAAGGCGUUUGUUAAACAACCAAAAUCUAUCUAUCUAUCUAUCUAUCUAUCUAUCUAUCUAUCUAUCUAUCUAUCUAUCUAUCUAUCUAUCUAUCUAUCUAUCCGAAUAUCAUUUUUUCCUCUCUAUCAUUUCUUCUUUCUUUCUCUUCCUUUAUUUUUCUAUCGUUUUUUAUUUUUCUUUCCUUUUAUAUUUUUCUUUCUCUUUCUUUCUUUUUCGUUUUUCUUUCUUUCCUUAUUCUUCCCCAUUUUUCUUUCUUUUUAUUCUCUCUCCAUUUCUCGUUUUUCUUUCUUUCUUUCUUUCUUUCUUUCUUUCUUUCUUUCUUUCUUUUCUAACUUUCCUUCUCAUUUUUCUUUCCUUCUUUCCUUUUAUACUGAUAUGGGAAAGUAUUUAACUAUUGUUACAGCUUGA